CGAACAGAAACCUUUGAUCCAUAUCUCUUGGUUCAAACAUCACUCCAGGGCUCGAGGUAUCAUAGCCACUGACCCCUGACCCAGUAUCAAUCACGGCGGUUCUGCCGCCGGCGGCUCCGCCUUCUGCUGCGACCGAGUCCAUUCGUCGUCGACCAACGGCUCGAGCGCUAUGUUGUGGACGGGACUGCUGUCGCUGCUGGUACUCAGCCAAGCUGAAGAAAUCAAAGAAUUACCUGGUGUCAGCUUUGAGCUGAAUUUCAAGCAUUAUUCGGGAUUUUUCAAGGUUUCGGACACGCAUUUUCUGCACUACUGGUUUGUCGAGUCCCAAAAUGAUCCCAACACCGAUCCAUUGAUCUUUUGGUUCAAUGGUGGUCCAGGAUGCUCAUCGCUAGAUGGACUUCUGAAUGAAAUGGGUCCCUACACGGCAAAUAUGGACGGUAAGAGCCUCAACCAGAACCCGUGGUCAUGGAACAAGCUCGCUUCUGUUGUCUACAUCGAAUCUCCAGCUGGAGUAGGAUAUUCUUACUCUAGCGAUGGUAACAUCACCACCAAUGAUGAUCAGACAUCUCUAGAAAACUAUGAAGCUGUCAAGCAAUUCUUCACGACAUUCCCACAAUUCCGAAAGCAAGCUACCUAUAUCAUGGGUGAAUCCUAUGGUGGAGUAUACGUUCCAACUCUGACAGCAAGAAUCGUGGAUGGUCAGCAGGACUUCCCUAUUAAUCUCAAGGGUAUGGCCCUGGGUAACGGCUAUGUCAACGAGAAAAUGAACAUCGACACGUCGAUACGGUAUGCCUACGGUCAUGGCAUUAUCGAUGAGAAGACCUGGAAUACCCUCGAACGUGACUGCUGCAAGAAUUGCAUCGAUACUUGCGACUUCACUCAGGUAACCGGACACUGUGCCACAAUGGUCGAAGACAUCUUCCAAUUCCUCUGGGCUGGAGGUUUGAAUCCAUAUGACCUUUACAGAGACUGUGACCCCAACCCAUCUGUCAAUGGCGAACGCAUGGUCCAGAUGCUCAAGGGCGUUGCUGCCGGUUACGAUUAUGUAGAGAAGGCAAAGAAGGAAAAGGAUUUGAUGAGCUUCUUGAGGUCCCACGAGCCUCUCUAUGGAGAUGCUCCAUGCCUCAAUGACACCGAUGUCAUCGUCUACAUGAAUGAUCAAAAAGUGCGAGAUGCCCUGAACAUUCCAUCGAACCUUCCCAAAUGGGACAUCUGCAGUAAUGAAGUCACUUCGACGUACCAGAAACAAUACGGAGACAUGGCCCCAUUCAUCAAGAAGAUCGUCAAGGCUAACGUACGAGUUCUCCUCUACUAUGGUGAUACCGAUAUGGCUUGCAAUUUCAUGAUGGGACAGCAAUUCUCAGAUCAACUUGGUCUUAAGCGAACUCUUGGCAAAACUCCGUGGAAAUUCGAUCGUCAAAUUGCUGGAUUCAAAACUAUGUUCAAGGGGCUUACAUUCAUAACAGUCCGAGGAGCCGGUCAUAUGGCACCACAAUGGCGAGCACCACAAAUGUACUACGUUAUACAGCAGUUCCUUCUUAACCAUCCUAUUUAAGAAUAUUACAAUAAAUAUGUUACAUACAC